AUGUUUAAUCCGCGUUUCUUAGUGGUCAGUCUCGGAAAUCCCUUGCCAAAAUAUGAGAGCCUCCAUUCAGCUGGCCAUUUUGCUCUCAACGGCCUCGCCAAAGCACUCAGACAUCCGCCCUUUCGCGAGGUGAAAUUUGGAAGGCAAACCUGUCUGGUCUCUCAGGGGCCAAAGUACACCCUUGUUCAGUCUCCAACUCUUAUGAACAUCUCUGGGCCGUUUGUGGCGAAGGUAUGGCAAGAAAUAGUCCGGCAGCACGACCCAUCAUCAACAAGUCUUGUUAUCGUCCACGAUGAAUUGGAGAAGGCCCUCGGUGAUGUGAGGCUCACACCUUGGGAUCGAAGUCAUCGAGGCCACAAUGGGUUGAAAAGCGUCAAGAAGUCGUUAGUUCAAGACAAAUUCCCGGAAUCACCAUUCGCCCGCAUUGCGAUUGGCAUUGGUCGCCCAGCUGAGCGGGAUGCGGCCACAGUCAGCAAGUAUGUCUUGGACAAGAUCACGGUCGAGCAGCGGAGAGUACUAGAGGAAGCCGUCCCAUUAGACGUGGCCAAGAGACUGGUAGAGCUUGAAGACGAGUGGAGAACAGAGAUGGAACCCUAA